CAUAACUAAAUGCGGGUAUCUGGGUGUAAAUCCGUGUUUAUGAUUUUUAUAAUAUAUAUGUCUGCGGGUUGCAUCUAACUCCUGGGUGUGUAAUCAUGGUUCCCCUCUCUGCCGGGGCUGGCCUAUUGUUUGAGACAGCAGAUAUAAGUUGCGAUGGGAGAGGAGCGUCGGAUUUGGUGUGUAUCCCCCAUUUCCAAUUAUAGAUGGAUCAUUACAGACAGCGGAGUCCUGAGAAGCCAGACAUCUGCUCCUCACAUGAAUGCACUCACCUCCUAGAGACCAGGCUGCCAUCAUGCUCUGGAAGCUCGUGGAGAAUGUCAAGUACGAAGAUAUCUAUGAGAUGUUAGUCCACACCUAUUCAUCCAUGGACCGGCACGAUGGCGUCCCGAGCCACAGCUCCCGGCUCUCCCAGCUGGGCUCGGUGUCCCAAGGACCUUACUCGAGCGCCCCGCCGCUGUCCCACACCCCGUCGUCCGACUUCCAGCCGCCCUACUUCCCGCCCCCCUACCAGCCGCUCCCCUACCACCAGAGCCAGGACCCCUACUCCCACGUCAACGACCCCUACUCCCUGAACCCCCUGCACCAGCCCCAGCAGCACCCCUGGGGCCAACGGCAGCGGCAAGAAGUGGGCUCCGAAGCCGGCUCUCUCCUGCCCCAGCCCCGGGCCGCCUUGCCCCAGCUCUCGGGCCUCGACCCCCGGAGGGACUACCACUCGGUCCGCCGGCCCGACGUGCUGCUGCACUCGGCGCACCACGGCCUGGACGCGGGCAUGGGGGACAGCCUCUCGCUGCACGGCCUCGGCCACCCCGGGAUGGAAGACGUCCAGUCAGUUGAAGAUGCCAAUAACAGCGGCAUGAAUCUAUUGGACCAGUCUGUCAUAAAAAAAGUUCCGGUUCCUCCCAAAUCUGUGACUUCUCUGAUGAUGAAUAAAGAUGGCUUCCUGGGAGGCAUGUCCGUCAACACGGGCGAGGUGUUUUGCUCGGUUCCCGGCCGUUUGUCUCUGCUCAGUUCCACUUCAAAGUACAAAGUAACCGUGGGGGAAGUUCAGAGACGGCUCUCGCCCCCCGAAUGCCUCAAUGCGUCUCUCCUCGGCGGCGUCCUCAGAAGAGCCAAAUCGAAAAAUGGGGGGAGAUCUUUGCGGGAAAGGCUAGAAAAAAUCGGUUUGAAUUUACCCGCGGGCAGGCGCAAAGCAGCAAAUGUCACGUUACUCACCUCCCUGGUGGAAGGAGAAGCUGUUCAUUUAGCUCGGGAUUUUGGCUACAUCUGCGAAACAGAGUUUCCCGCCAAAGCUGUUUCUGAGUAUUUGAACCGGCAGCACACGGACCCCAGCGACCUGCACUCCCGAAAGAAUAUGCUGCUGGCCACCAAGCAACUUUGUAAAGAAUUUACAGAUCUGCUGGCGCAGGACCGGACGCCGAUUGGGAACAGCCGGCCCAGCCCCAUCCUGGAGCCGGGGAUCCAGAGCUGCCUCACGCACUUCAGCCUCAUCACGCACGGCUUCGGCGCCCCGGCCAUUUGCGCGGCGCUCACGGCCCUGCAGAACUAUCUCACCGAGGCGCUCAAAGGCAUGGACAAGAUGUUCUUGAACAACACCGCCACUAACAGGCACACGUCUGGGGAAGGCCCAGGUAGUAAAACUGGCGACAAGGAGGAGAAACACAGGAAAUGAAAAAUUAAAAAAAAAAAAGGAAAAAAAAUGUUUUAAAUACAAAAGGAAAACAGGAAAAAAUUAAUUUUAGCUUUAAAAUACUGGAUUGGCUUUGGAAGAAUUAUAUUAGGUAGAAUACAUAUGCAAUCAAAAUUAAACCAGAAAAGCUAAGUAACUUAAAAACUGAGGCGUACCACGGAGCAACAGUCUCGGUUCUCAGUGUCUAUUUCAAGAUACACUUGGGAGACAACCGUCCGGAUUUUCCACUUCGGUUCUUUCGAGCUUAGUAAUACUGAUAAUAAAAAGAAAACCAUGUUUCCCCCCACCCCCUUUGGAAAAAUAAACAUAAGACUAAACAUGAGAAAACGCUAACUUAUUGGAAGAAAAUCGGAGAAACUGUUGGUGUCAGUGCUUUGACAGCUGGUUGACUGAAUCGCACGAACUUUUUAAUUUUUACUAUUUUUUUAGGAAAACUGUCUCGAAGUCCCCGCCCUCCCUCCCGCCCCCUCACCUCGCCCCUCUCCCAACUACCCUUUUCUACUCUGCCCUCCCUCCCUUCCUCGAGCUGUCGCGGGAAUCUUCUGGGAUGAACAAGAGUGUGGUUAGGCCUUUUGCAUUGUGUUUCAGGCCCCUCGGCCCCCCUGCCCCACCCCGCCCCGCAUUUCAAACUCACCGGUGCGGGCUCCCAGGCCAGCCGCUUGCCUACUUAGGGAGGGCGAGGAAGGGCGGGGUGGGAGGCGAGCGGAGAUGCAGGCGGCGGUGGCUGCAGCUUUGGGUACCCGCCCUGGGCAAAAUCCGGACCAAUAGGUUGAUUCAGACUCACCAUCCGUUCUUUUCAGAAAUGUUACUAGUUCCCAGCCUUGCCGGCAUCGGUAUACAGAGAAUCUUGCAUUUGUUAUAAUAUUUGUGUCAUCUACCAAUUUUUAAGAAUAAUAGUAAAAAAAACCAAAAAACCCACACCACGAUAUGAAUACGUUGAUUAGUAUGUAAUUCCUUCGGAGGGGUAUGUACCAUUUCAUUCUCUUCUGUUUU